UUUAAUAAUAGUAGGGGACAAUCCCUACUAUGAAUAUAAGGUUGUGAUAUUAGCAUCCUUUAAUUAGCACAAUAGAUUACUAACUCCUUUAUUUAAGAAGCAGUUGAAGGAAGCUAUAUAACAAAGCUUUCCAAUACCCUCGUAGAAUCAUGCAUACGUUCUUGGUAGGUUACAGAUAUUUUACAAACCUGCACACACACUGCAAAUAUUCUACUUUCACACUUGUUCCCAUACUCUGCUACUUUCACUUUUCUCACCUUAGCCUCUAUUUUUCUGUACUUUCGUUCCUUCUUCCAUUCCUCUUUGUCUCUAUAAACAUUCAUGGAUGAGGACAUUAUCAACACUUUCGAAAGUGAUGAAAGCAGCAUGGACAUGAUGACAAUGAUGAUGCAAAUGGAAAAGUUUCCUCAAUUCCACCAGCCUUUUUAUAACAACAACAACACACAUAACGAGUUCCCUUAUGGAACUUAUCCGCAACCACCACUCUCUUAUCCUCACCAACCAAUGACACCGUCUCUUCAACACAACGGAGUUCAAAUUCCAUCCGGUAGAAUCAACAAUGCUUCGUUCUCGUCCUACUCUGAUAAGAAGAACUCAAUGGCGGCCAUGAGAGAGAUGAUAUUCCGUAUGGCCGCUAUGCAGCCGGUUAAUAUAGACCCGGAAACAAUCAAGCCACCAAAGAGAAAGAACGUGAAGAUUUCAAAGGAUCCACAAAGUAUAGCAGCCAGACACAGAAGAGAAAGGAUUAGCCAGAGAAUAAGAAUCUUGCAGAGAUUAGUCCCCGGUGGAACUAAAAUGGAUACCGCUUCAAUGUUAGAUGAAGCAAUACAUUAUGUGAAGUUCUUGAAGAAACAAGUUCAAACGUUGGAACAAGUUGGAGCAAACAGACCUUUGAAUGUUAACUACUCAUCUUUUCUUAGAGGUUGUUCAUCACCUUGUCAAAUGGUGGGUCCCACUUCCAAACAAAUGCUUAGUUGAUAAAGAAUAGAAAGAAAUUUGAUUUUUCUGAUAUAUGUCCAAUAUAUAUUGAAAUAUUUAUGCAUAUUAUUGUUGGAUAUGGCUUUGAGGUUAAUGUUGGAAUAUUGUAAGCAAGAGUUAUAAGCUAAUAAUGAAUAUGUUUUUGUU